CCCAAUUGCCUUUGUAUUGAAUUUGAAGAGCAGAAGAGGGAUGAACGAGAACGGAAUGAGAGCGGUGACAGCUGCCUCUCGCUCUCGGCUUCAGAGAAAGGAAGAAGAGUUGUGAACGGAAUAAGAACGAAGAACUAAGCCGCCAACUCUCUGAAGCCUCUCGCCGUCUCUCACCGCGGCCCUCUUCACCUCCUCUCACCGCGGCCCUACCACCGCCGCCGUCUCUCACCGGUCAGGGGCGGAUCCAGGGGAGCCCGUGCCACCCUCAGCCCCUGCACAUUGAUUAUCAGGCUGAGCCCGAGCCACAUCCGAGAGCGAGAGCUCGGGCAAGGUAUUGGAUUUGUGUUGAUAUGUAUGAUAAUUCAAGAGCUCGGCCUGGGGUACCAAGACAACCUCCAAACCCACAGCCAAAUCCAUUUGGCAAUGCAUUUGUUGGAUCUGGGUCAGGACUUAUAAGAGGUGGAUUGGGUGCUUAUGGAGAGAAAAUUUUAGGAUCAAGUUCAGAGUAUGUGCAAAGCAAUAUAAGCAGGUACUUCUCUGAUCCCCAAUACUAUUUCCAAGUUAAUGAUCAUUACGUGAGGAACAAAUUGAAGGUUGUUCUCUUCCCAUUUCUACACAGGGGCCAUUGGACAAGGAUCACAGAACCAGUAGGGGGCAGGCUUUCCUAUAAGCCCCCAAUCUAUGAUAUAAAUGCUCCAGAUUUGUAUAUUCCACUGAUGGCAUUUGGUACCUAUGUUGUUCUUGCUGGCUUCGCAUUGGGUCUCCAUGGAAAGUUUAGCCCGGAAGCUCUCAAUUGGCUGUUCAUCAAGGGGCUGAUGGGAUGGUUUUUGCAAGUUUCUCUGCUUAAUAUGACAUUGUUUUCAUUGGGUAGUGGAGAGGCACCCUUGCUGGACAUUGUGGCAUAUGCCGGCUAUACCUUCACCGGGAUUUGUAUGGCUGUCCUAGGAAGAAUUAUGUGGAGCUACUCGUAUUUCUUUUUAAUACCAUGGACGUGUUUGUGCAUGGGAAUCUUCCUAGUGAAGACAAUGAAGAGAGUGCUUUUUGCAGAAGUGAGGAGCUACGACUCGAGCGGGCAUCACUACCUCUUACUCUUUAUUGCUUUGGCCCAAUUCCCGCUUUCCAUUUGGCUCGGCAACAUUAGUCUCAAUUGGCUGUUCUAAAAUGCCUCUUUCCUGUGAUGCUGUUGGCUACAAUUUUGCUUCUGUAGAUGCAUAAUGAGUGUUUACGUUUUAAUUUUGAGUGCAUUUGCUCAGUCCAUUUUGAUUCUGAUUAAAUUUGUACACCUAAAUGCCUAAAUACAGCCCGGAUUUCAAUUUUACCUUUAGUAGCCCCAAGAGAGUUGUGGAUAUGGAUAAAAAAUAGCAGAUGUCUGAUGUCAUUGUUAUUGAAUCAUUUUUAUAAUAAUUUUUAGUUAAUUCUUCUGUAUA